CAAGCAGAUACUUUUCCUUUUCAACCAUGAACUCUAGAGUAGUUCAAAGUAAUAUGCACGAGUACGAUCAACAUCAUGAUCCUCACAAUGUUGGCUUACAACAAGGGGCACAUGGUGUAGAAGAACACAACCAUGACCAUGAGAAGAAAUCAGUUCUGAAAAAAGUGAAGGCAAAGGCUAAGAAAAUUAAGGACACAAUCACGAAACAUGGCCAUCAUGACCAUGACCAUGAACAUGGUCAUGAGUAUCACUAUGAAGAUCAACAUAUCCCUGAUGAUCAUGACUUGGAUGAGGAAAAUGAUGACGAUGACGAAAUGGUUGAAGACCCAGAAAUCCAUGGAGCACCAAUGUAUGACAGUGCCGCUGCUAGAAAUGCUACCCCAGGACAAGUCAACACUUUAGGGAAACCUGGAGUUAAUUUUGGAGAUGCAAAAGUUAUGGGCGAAGAACUUCAUCACGAGCCAAGAGUUGUAGUUGUUUCUCCAACUGCUGAAAUUAAUCAAAGCAGAUCCACUGACCCAGCCAGAACAUUUGUUGGGGAAGAGAAGGCACAUAAGUUCAAUUUGGAGAGACCGAUGGACUUGGAGGAAGAUCCUCAUGCACCAGGAAGUAGACCUGAAGCAUUUACUCCAGCCAACUAUCAAACCAAAGUCACUGAUCCAACUGGGGCAGGUGGUGCAGAAAUUGACAUUAAACCAAUUCAGAAAUCUUUUGACAGGAUGACUAUCCACAAUGAGCCAAAACCUAACCCAGAACCAAAAGUUAUCCUUCCAACUAUUGCUGAAACGCAGUACCCUGCUGCUCACAGCCACCACCAAUUUGUGCCAGAAUUAUCCACUGCAACUAAAACUCUCUACCCACCAGCUGAAAGCCAUGGCCAAUACUUGCCAGAACUAUCUAGUGAAAUCAAAACACAAUACCCUAAAAACCAGGAUCGGUUUAUGCCAGAGUUGUCUACAACCACAAAUCAGUACCCUUCUGCUGAAAGCCACAACCAAAACUUGUCAAAAUUGUCUAGUACUGCAACAAAAUCCCAAUACCCAUCUGCAGGAAGCCAUGAUCAGUUUGCAAAAACUCAGUACCCUUCUGCAGGAAGCCAUGAUCAGUUUGCAAAAACUCAGUACCCUUCUGCUGGAAGCCAUGAUCAGUUUGCAAAUACUCAAUACCCAUCUGCAGGAAGCCAUGAUCAGUUUACAAAUACUCAAUAUCCUUCUGCUGGAAGUCAUGAUCAGUUUGCAAAAACUCAAUACCCUUAUGCAGGAAGCCAUGAUCAGUUUCUGCCCGAGUUGUCUACUGAAUUACCUAAAACUCAGUACCCUUCUGCUAGAAGCCAUGACCAAUAUCUGCCACAACAGUCUAGUGCAACAAUAACUGAAUACCCUUCAACUAGAAGCCAUGAUCAUUUUAUAGAAUCAAAGGAGAAACCAUCAAACCAGGAUGAGUUUAUGCCAGAGUUUUCUACUUCAACAACCAAAACUCAGUACCCUUCAGCUAGAGGCCAAGACCGAAACUUGUCAGAAAUGUCUAGUGCAAAAAAAACUCAAUACCCUUCUUCAGGAAGCCAUGAUCAGUUUCUGUCAGAGUUAUCUACUGAGCCUAAAACUCAAAACCCUUACGUUAAAAGCCAUGAUCAAUACUUAUCGCAAGAGCCAAGCACAACAAAAACUGAAUACCCUUCAGCCAAAAGCCAUGAUCAGUUUGUAGAGUCAGUGGAGAAACCAUCAAACCAAAGCAGUUACGCAGAAAAAAUCUCCUCGGCGACCUCUGCAAUCGCUGAUAACGCCGUCGCUACUAAAAACAUGGUCGCUUCCAAGCUUGGAUAUGGUGAAAAAGGUGACAGAGACGAGAAAGAAACAAGGUGGCCACAUGAAGAGGACAACACAAUUGGAGAAAAUCCAUCAAACCAGAGCAGUUACAAAGAGAAAAUCUCAUCAGCAACCACUGCAAUAGCUGAUAAAGCUGUUUCUGCUACAAACACUGUAGCCUCUAAGCUCGGUUUUGGUGAGAAAGGUGACAGCGAAGACGACAAAGUGACAACACAAGAAGAGAAGAAAAGCGAGAAUACUUCAGAUUAUGGAAAGAAAAUUGCUCUCUCUUUGACGGAGAAACUAGCUCCAGUUUGUGGAAAAGUUGCUGGGGUAGGAAGUGCAAGGAAGUCCCAAUUUCAAGGAACUGCUAACAAUGAAAAUGUGGUUAUAGAACAGGACAGAGGGGUUUCUGUGAAGGACUACUUGGUUGACAAGUUGAGGCCUGGUGAUGAAGACAGGGCUCUUUCUGAGGUGAUUUCUGAAACUUUGUAUAAGAAGGAAGAAGAGCCAAAAGAGGUUAAUGAGGAUAAAGUGGAUGAUAUGAAUCUGAAAAAGUUGGUUUCAGAUGCUGUACACAAGCGAGAAGAGGAGCCAGAGAGGAGAGAAAAACAUCUACCCUUGGAGAAAGUGACUGAGUCAGAAGAGGUCAAAAAAAGGUUGGGUAGUGGGGAUGAGAAUAGAGAGAAAAGUUAUGCAGAGAGCUAUGUUAAUAGCCCUGGAAAAGGUGUGGUUGAUAAGCUCAAAGGUGUUGUUGGAUCAUGGUUUGGCAACAAACCAGAGGAGAAUCAAUCCUCACAAGAUGGUGAAGAUUUGUCUAAGAAUUCUGGUGAUGAAGUAGAACAGGUUAACCAAGCUGCGGGUGAAAGAAGACAUACAGGAGUCAUGUAAUUAAAGAAUAAGUUUGGGGGAAUUUUUAUUAUCAUAUGCAUUGUGUGUUUGUGUACUUUUCUAGUGAUGUUUGUGUAGAUGUUGAGAUUUGUAUAAUUUGUUAUGCUUUAUUGUUGAUUAC